CAACUUCCGGGUUAAGUGUUUGUUUUCUGAAAAAGAGUCGACUGGAGGUCAUGUCUAUUGAAUAGUAAAUACUAAUGCGUAAUCUAAUGUAUUCUGCAAAUUUAUUGGUGAGGUUCUAAUCGCACUGUACACCUUAACGCUAGUCAUGUCGCAAGCAUCAUCUGGAUUUACUCCGCCUGCUCAAAUCCCACAUGGAUCUGGGAAGGGUCCUGCAGGGGCGGCUUAUAUUCCUAAUGACGAAGAGAGGCGUGUCUUCAGAGAGUGUAAUUCUGAAAGCUUCUGGUACAGAUCUUUGCCUUUUUCUGCAGUUGCUAUGGCAGUCGCUCAGGUAUUAGUAUCUAGAGGAGUUGUUGCUCCAUCGCCUAGAUUUGGCUCACUUCCCAAAGUUGCGAUUGCUGGCAUAUUUGGAUACAUAAGUGGAAAAAUGUCAUACAUGAGGGUCUGUCAAGAAAAGUUUAUGAAAUUGGGAAACUCCCCUCUUGGAGAGGCGCUGCGACAGGGACGUCUGCAUCAAGUGCCUUCUGAUUUAAACCAAUCAGACUUCGAAGAUGCAAAUCCAUCGGAAUCUCAACCGCCUGGUUCUAAGUCAGUGAUCCAGUCAGAUCUCAGCUCUGGGACUGAGACAUACAGCAAUUACACCAGCGAUUAUACCUACAGCACCCCCUCCCAAUCCUACGACACCCCCAGUUCUGGCUUUAGUGAUUCUGGUCCUGUGGGCAUCGGAGAUGACGAUCCUCUUCAAGCUCCGCUCUACCCAGAUGACGAUGUGCCCAAGAAGAAGGCCGUGUUGUAUGAGGAUUUGCGCAGUAAGAACAGAGAGAAUUAUGAGGUCACUCUCACGCAAAAAGCUGAAACACUGCUAAAACCACAAGCCGGGGUAGCAUCACCUAAGAGGGAAGUAAAAAAGACCAAGUACGGAGAUACCUGGGAUGAAUGAGGUUGAUGCACUUUUUGAAGGAUUUCAAUGAGUUGACAACAUCGAGAUGAAGGGACUUUUGUGGAUUCAUGCCUCAUUCUGCCAGAUCAGGCCCAAAGCUUCAAUCCAAUUCACACUGGAGAUUAAUGUACUUUUAGAAGCAAGUCUCGGUUUUGAAAGUAAAUGCAAAUUUGUUGGAAUAAAACUCUUUACCCUAUUUGGCAUUGAUUGCAUACAACAAACAUGCUUCUUUGCUGUAAGCUGAUUUGAGGUUAAUCCUUUUAACAGGCAUAUGUUUUUAUUAAUAACAAAAUUCUGUCAACAGUACCAAAUACAUAUUUGAAAAUCAUUUUGGAUUAUUUACCAUAAACCCAGAAAUAAAGUUUGUUUCUCUAAUG